GAGCCGCACCAUUGUUACACCAUUGUUAUACCAUUGUUACACCAUUGCCACGCCGUCAUGAGGGCGUUGUUACUUAAUAGUUCAGCAUGGUGGAAGUGCUGACCAUAGUUCGGCAAAUCAUGUGUUAGGCAAUAAUCCUUCAUUUAAACCUGAAGGCAGAGAGGAAUCUUUCAACUACAAAAACUUAAUCGUUGUUAAAUUAUUAUUUUUUUAAUAUUAAAUUUUUUUUUUUUAAUUUUUAGAAAGUCAAAUAAGAUGAGGGUUUUAAUUAUUUCAAAGACAUAAUCUUCAGUUAGGCCUGUUGUCUCUUUUCUUAAAGUUUUAACCCUUGAAUGGGUUCAAAAUCGAAAUCUGAAAUGCGAGACAGUAGUUUCCGUGAGAUUCUAUUUGUGUAUACUUGAAAUAUUUAUACAGAAUAACUCACGCAUAAAUUGAAAAUAAAUGAACACGUUUUCUUGGCAAUUACCGGAAAAAUGAAAGCCGUCUGAAACGAUUUGACUUGAAAAUGACAUGCCAGAAAAUACGUCCUGAAAUGUGGAUUGUGUACCUGUCACUUGUGUGUCAUGUGAUCACAGGUGAGUGAAAGCUACCUGUCCACUGUUUUUUUUUCUCUAAUGCCGUUACAUUAAGUUAAAAUCUUUAAGAUGACAUAAAAUAUAUACAUAUGACAGCAUAUUGGUCCAAUAAGAUCAUAUGUUGUGACGUCUUUCUUCUUUGAUUCUGUGAGAGGCGAAAAAAGUGACUUUUGAUUUGUUGUCCUUUUUUCCUUUAAAGAGGGGUCUCACAUUAAAAAAAUAAAAAUUAAAAAAUAAAUCAAGUAAAUAUAAAUUUGAUUGAUCAAACUAUUAUAAUCUUUUUUACCCUAACCGGAAGUUUACAAAAGUUAUGACGCUAUAUAAAACCACCUAAAAUAAUAAUAAUAAUAAUAAUGUCAUAUUAUUAUCAUAUUAUUGAAUCCAGCAUAGAAUUUAAAGGUGACAUUAAAAAUUCUAUAUUUCCCGGUCACAGCUGCAAACUAUCAAGGGAUAAAAUUACUGUCAUUGUUUAACAGACUAAAAAAAUUUGAUCAAUUUUUUAAAUUAUCAAUAAUCAUUAAAAAUAAACAAAUAUCCUCAAUUUAAAGCCAAAUAUUCGCCGUUCAUCGAUUAUUUGGAAUUCGAAAUUCGUAUGAAAUAUAGAUCAAAGGGCCCAAAUGGUAUUUAUUUUUAAAAUAUCAAUUAUAAAAUAACUUUAAAAUCUUCCAGGCAGGCUCGUAUUUCCAUGCCAUGGCUUUGUUUGAUGAUCUAAUGAUAUUGGGAGGAACCCAUAUAAAUGUAACACAUUCCAGGCACAUGCGUCAGCAAGUUGUAUCGAUGGGCAGACAAAAAUCAAGAGCAUUUGAAUUCCAGUGAAAUAAUUGUUUGAGUAAUGACGCGCAGUUUAGAUAAGACACAGAAGUGACCAAGUAAAAGGUAGACUAUGAUAUUAUGUUAUGUGGACAUUUUUAUCUGCCUCUGAGAGUAUCAGGAUAUCAUGUAAAGCUGGCGGUAAGCACAUCUGCAUUUUUCCACAACGCAGCCAAACACAGCAGCAGAGCGCUAUGAAGCCUUCAAAAAAAUUGCAUUAUUCCCCAACCCCCCCCCCCAACCCCCGGGGAUAGAAUCUGACAUCCCAACCAGUUAGCAACAGAUCAACAGCCCUGCUCCCCGAAGAUCAUCCGCAUUAGCUUUUGGCAUGGUGACCAUGUCAGAGGCACAACGACAGGAAACAUGUCGUCACACCGCAGGAUCUCAGAAAGUAUUACAUUUUAUCAAACUCGCUCUCAUUUAAUAAUAAUGUUGAUUUUGUUCUAACCACCCCCCCCCCCAAACCGAAGCCACCACCAUCAAGAGUGACCAGUGCCCAUCACAACGACAGGAAACAUGUCGUCACACCGCAGGAUCUCAGAAAGUAUUACAUUUUAUCAAACUCGCUCUCAUUUAAUAAUAAUGUUGAUUUUGUUCUAACCACCCCCCCCCCCAAACCGAAGCUACCAGCAUCAAGAGUGACCAGUGCCCAGAGGACCUGGUCAAAGAAACCCAAAACUGUUUCACCGCAUUGUCGCAGUCUGUCCACGCGGGCUCAGAGUCGGGUCACAUGAGUCAGUCCGGCACAAUGACCUUGGACUACACACAAAUCAAAAAUUAUUGUCGGGAGUAAGUAGCUACUCUGUAUACAGUCUAAAUCAUUUAAUAUAUUUAGCGCUGGAUAUAGGUAUGAGCAAAAUAAGUUACAGAUUAGCGCAGUCCCUGGUUAAGAUGCGACCAAUGUUAUAGUGUUGUCCCAAUCAUUUAGUUACGUUUUAAAAGCGUGUUUGUAAUACAAUGAUUCAUUGCCAGUUUGAUUAUUUUUCAUAUUUCUUAAAUUCCAUUUUUUAGAAACGUAAAUAUUAUUUAAAUGAUGAAUUAUGCAUGAUUUUUUUUCAAAAGCAUAUACAUUUAAUUCCUUCAAUAGCAUUUUUUUCUCCACUUCAAAUACGCACACACACACAUGCACACACACACACACACACACACACACACACACACGCACACACACACACGCGCACACACACGCACACAAAACACUCACAUUAUUGCGACUGCUUUGGAGUUUUAAAAAUAAACAGUUUCAUUAAUUUGAUAGUGGUGGCCACAUGACCCAGUUUGUGAUGUGUGUGGAGGACCUCAUCUCCGAGUGUGGUUCCACCCAGGCCGCUGUUCUCGACAGACUGGUCAGCCCAGCGCGGGUACGUGCGGCCGUGCCAGUCCUGUGUCAGAAUCAAGAAGGUUUGUCCUCCUUCACAUCCUUACGUUUUAAUGAAUGAUUUUUUUAAUGUUCUUUUUUUUGUUUUUAUGUAACUAAGUCUUCUCCUUACUGAAACUCUCUUUAUUUAUGAUGUGUUCAUCAAUGUUACUUUGUCAACUCCAUCAAACUCUGCUAAACACUUGUUUUAAAGUUUCUCGGUACUGAGCUCAUGGACAAGCGCCACCAGAAUGCUAGGAUGUGACGACGAAUAAUGAAAGGGAAUAUUUUUUUUUUAAAAGUCAAGCGAACAAUUUUCUUGUUUUAGCGAUUCACCUUAUAGUUGUGGGCAAAUGUUUGCAGAAAGUCAGUUUAAAAAUUUUUCAGUGGAUCCGUUGAACAGAAAAAAAAAGUUAAUUUUUUUUUUCGUAGUGGAAUGUGUUGAUAAAACGUGUAUUAAUUACACCAUGAGGCAAAUCUAUGAAAAAGCGUAAAUAGAUUUCAGUAGAUUAGACAGUGGAAAAUUUUAGCUCGGAAUUAGCAAACAGAUUACUGUAAGUCGUAAAAAAACAACAAAAUAAUUAAAAAUAAUGUUUUUUAAUUAUAUUGAUUUUAGAAUUAUUUUAGAAUUAAGUCCUGUUACCAGGAGGAUCUCUUCAAUUUUAUUUCAAUUUUACUGUUACUAUUGGUAUAAAAAUACUUUCUCUAGGAGGCCUAAGGCCCGUAAACUUUUGAUGUAUAUAUUUUUGCUGUCUAAAGCACCCCCCCCCCCCACACACACACAAAAGUUUCAAUGUUUCCUUGUAUGUGAUAAGUAAUUCGAUAAAUACAUCACCCACGGAUGAUUUUAUUUUACAAAAAAAAUGUAACAAAUUCUUUUCUUCCUUCAAGGGAGGUAAUAUAGGUUUAAACCCUUUUAAUUUUCUUGUUGACAUCUAUUUGGUGUCCCGCCAGAGAUUGAGAAGGCUGGCGAAUGCAUGAACACGGUCAUGGGGCAAGAUUCACUCUGCAAGAACCAGGCCUACGACAAGGUCAAGGCCGAGAUGGCGAGAUCAAUUCGAAACGUCUCGGCGACUUUUCUCAUCCAAUGCAGGUGAGCCAGCGUUGUGCACGUCCAGUCGAGGGCGGAUCUGGGGUUUAUUCAUGAGCGGGUUAGAUGUGUGUGUGGGGGGGGGUGACUAACUAUAUUUAUAUAUCCGUCAAUUUAUUCAGUGCGGUGGAGCAAGAAGGGGGGUGGAAGGGGGGGGGCGGUACUUUCUAUGUUGUGAUAAGGAGGGCUGGCAUUUUCAGCCUAAUGGAAUAUUAGCGGCUUUUUUUGGUGGAUCGGGGAUGUAAUCUCUUGGCCUGCCCCGGGAGGCACUAGCCACGCCAGCGAUGCAGUGACCAUCUUUUUGUUUAUACACCUUCACCCCAUUGAAUUAUAAUCCCGUAUUUAUUUGCAAUAGUUUAACUGUGUGAUGUAAAGCAAUUCACUAAUAUGUUUACUUUCCAAGUCUAUCACGUGAUCAAAAAAGAAAAGUGCUUAUUUGUUCUUGUGUAAGGAGAGAAAGAAAGAAGAAAAAAAAACAGAAAACAAACCUGCACACAAAUAGACUGUAAAAGAAAACUCAUAAAUAAAAAAACUUUAAAUAAAUUAAUCACGUAUAAAGUAAUUCUUCUAUUUUUUGUCUCCCCUUUCUUCCCAGCUUUUUCACCUCCCUGGCAGAGUGCCAGCAGGUGGCGCUUUCAAAGACAUGUGGGCGUGGUCUUGGAGAAACGCAUGCACGAUUUCUCCUGUCGUUCAUACCGAACUCUUGUCACGACAGUAACACCACCACGUCGACGUCAGCCAAUAACUUCACCGGGAGUAACGUCAUCACCGAUGCCAUGACAACCGCUCCGUCUAAAAACAACACCGUGCGACUUCCUGUUCUCAACCCGAAAACGGAACAACAAGCCAAACUGGCAAACAGGACGGAGCCGGAUGUCCACAGCGAGUCGGUGACUCAAACGGUGGUGAAGAAGACGAGGAAGGACUCCAAAAGUACUUUGGGCCCUGGGAACUCUGGUCCGAUGUUGACAGCCUCUAAUAUUUACGUUUGCGUAUUUGUGUUCUCUGUCGUGGUUCAUGCUGUCACAGAAAUAUGUCGAGAUAGAAAUUGACUAACUCUGUAAUUUUGAAUUGAUCGCUUUCUAGCGUCUAUUUCAAAACAUCUUAAUUGUAUAUUUUAUUUUGUUUUUUGCUUGCAUGCAUAUGGAUUAGGUUACCACUAUGUUGGUAUGGGUAUGCAAAACUUACCUCGCCUAAAACAUGAUUCCGGAAGACAAAUAAUGGUUUGAAUAGUUAUUUUUUUAAAUUGUCUGUAGAAAAAAAUACUUUUUAAAAAUUUAAAGUUCGUUAAGUUAUUAGUCUAAGUUUUUUUAAAUGAUGUUGG